ACGCAUUCGCUGCGGUACCUGCACACGGCAGCUUCAGGAAUCCCAGCAUUCCCAGAGUUUGUGACGGUGGUCCUGGUGGACGGACAGCCCUUCUCUUACUAUGACAGCAGCAUCAGAAGGGAACAGGCAGACCUGGACGGUCCAAACCGAAGACCCGAAUUUCUGGGAGAGACGCACAAAGAGGUCCAUUGUUGACGAACAAGUCUUCAAAAGUAAAGUGGAGAUGAUUAAACCAAGCUUUAACCAGACAGGAGGUGUUCACAUUAUUCAGCUGAUGUACGGCUGUGAGUGGGAUGAUGAGACUGGAAGCAUCAAGGGCUGGUGGCAGUUUGGUUAUAAUGGAGAAGACCUCAUGGCUUUGGACCUGAAGACGAACACGGGGACGGCACAGACUCCAGCUGCCACCUUCCAUAAACACAAAAAGGACAAAGAUAAAGGCUGGGCCAUACGAAUGAACACCUAUCUGUCCCAGGGGUGUCCUGAUCAUCUUAAGAAGUAUGUGAGCUAUGGGAAGAGCACAUUGCUGAGAACAGAGACUCCAUCAGUGUUUCUCCUCCAGAAGAAUUUCCUGUCCCCGGUCAGAUGUCACGCUACAGGCUUUUACCCCAACAGAGCUGUGAUGUUCUGGAGGAAAGAUGGAAAGGAGAUAACCGAAGGAGUGGAGACCGGAGAGAUCCUCCCAAACAAUGACGGGACCUUUCAGAUGAGCACUGAUCUGAAACUUUUAUUAGACACAACAGAAAAGAAGAGGUACGAAUGUGUUUUUCAGCUUUCUGGUGCAAAUGAAAGCAUCAUCACCAAACUGGAGCAGUCAAAAAUCAAGACCAAUGGAGCAAACCCCUAUGAAGUGACCAUCUCCGUUGUUUUUGCAGUCAUUAUUUUUGCUGCUGUCAUUGCUGACUGGCUCAUUGUUUAUAAAGGCAGAAAAGGUUUUCAAAUGAAGUCUGCACUUAAAAAAAAGGGAACUCCAUUAAUAUCAUGGAUUUACUACGUAUUUAUUACAUUUAUUUAAUUUAAUCUGGCAGCAGAUGUAUAAAACAUUUACAGGGUUGCAACUGUUUGACUUUAAAGAGAAGUUAAUUUGACAUUUUUCUUUAGCACAAUAGAUGAGUCUCAUAUGAUUAAUUUUUGUUUUCAAACUGGAGUUUGGUGUUGAAUAUUGUCAAAGGAAGCCAAAAAACAAAAACAAAUGAGGUUUAAGACCUUAAUUUACUUUCAAGCAGACAACAUUUUUCUAUGCUGUUUUUUUUUAAAGCUAAGGUGUUUUUGUCUGCAGCUUUAUAACUGAUAUAGGAGCAAAAUGCUUGUUCACCAUUUAACCAAUUGGAUAAAAAAUAGGAUUUUUCAUUUUAUGGAAUAGAAACAAUCACAAAGAAAUACCCAAGCACUAAAGAUUGAAAAACAUAUAUUUUUUGGUAACUUGCCUUUAUUCUUACUAUAAAAAAUCAAACAGUCAUCCUUUAUCAUCAUCCUAAAUGGAUUGAAGAAUGAUCUUUAGAUUAUAUCUGUUCAGCUUUAAAAAUUCACAGUAUAUCAACCCUCACCUUAUGCAAUGAUACAUAAAUAGAUAAAGCCAAUAACUGAAUUAUUAAAAUGCUUGAAAGAAUGGCUUCCCUUCCUGACAUUUUUAUUUGUAUAUCUUGUGGAAAACACCUUCAUCUUAGUUUUUUGAAUAACUCAGUUGAUAGUAAAGUCAUGGUUGAAAAGGUGCAAAAGUUUCCUGAUGUGAUGAGGAAAAUCAAUGUAAAGUCCUACAAAGACUAUAAUAUUCAGAUAUCAUGUUGUAAAAUUCUAAUCAAAAAUGGAAAUCUGAAAAUAAUGUCCCAUAUAAAUCUUUUUCACAGUGUGUAUAAUAGCAAAUACAACUAUUAAAUGAGCACUUCUAAAGAAAAGCUUGGGGGUUUAAAGACAAACAAUGAGCCAAACACAAGAAAUAAGUGGGACAAGGCUUUCACCAAUGUUUUCAGUUAUCUCCAACAUUCCAAAUAUGACUUUCUUAUGGUUUAUAUAUGUGUCAUGUUUAAUUUUAUUUUAUUUUUCAUUUAAAAAGUUUGAGGGUAAUCUUGUUUGAGUGUGGACAGUUACAGAAAUGUGCUGGUUAUUAAAGUUUAUUUGGAGUUUAGCUAAGGAUUAUGAAGUUGCUUUUUUUCUAGUACUUCUUUUGUAAAAUACAGACAUUUACUUUUUUCAACUUUUUGUGGCAUUGAGUUUGAUUUAUUGAAAAGCACCCAGAAAAUGUUGCUCUUUUCGUGAAGUUUCGAUGGUCAUAAAAUACUGGUGUAAUAUGUAAGUGUGUGUGUGUGUACAGACUUCAAAAUUAAAUAAAGGUAAAAACUUUUGUUGGCUGAUCUUAAA